AUGAUCAAUCCUACCGGGGCGACCCUUUUAGGGCUUCUUCUCCCAGCCCUCAUAUCCGCCCACAACUCCGAGACUCACAAGAGGCGUGACGACGUCCCAGGCACAAUCGAGUUACCAUUAACACUCGUCGAAAGCGGUGGCGGCGAAGGUCCUCAGUAUCUUGUCAACAUUUCCAUCGGCACGCCUCCACAAGAAGUCACUGUUCAAAUCGAUACGGGAUCUUCCAACUUGUGGAUUUUUGCUAACGAUAAUGUCUGCAAUAAUUCAUAUGGCUGUCUGGGUAGCUCAUUUGAUGUGAAUGCUAGCGCCACCUUGGUCAACGACCUGCCUGGAGAGUUCGCGUAUAGUUAUGGCAGCGGCGCAAAUGGAACUGGUGACUGGGUAACCGACAGCAUCACCAUCGGCGGGCAGACUAUUCAAAACGCUCGAUUCGGAGUUGCGCAUGCUUCUUAUGGAAUAAGUCCGUUGUAUGGUAUAAUGGGCCUCGGCUUUCCAUCUGGGGAAUUUUCAUCGUCUCAGAAUUUAUCACAGUAUAAUACUACUGUGAUGACCAUGGCAAACCAAGGGGUCAUCAAUACAGCUGCAUUCUCGUUGUAUUUGAACGAUCUUGAAAGCCAAGGUAACAUCCUGUUCGGUGGUUAUGACCAGGCCAAGUAUAUCGGAGACUUGCAGACGGUCGACUUACUCGAUGUCGGUGAUUAUGUACAAUACUAUGUCAACCUGACAGCCCUCGGCGUCUCAUCCAUUGACUCCACCACCAACUCCUCCUCCACUACCUGGUACUCCAACAGCACCGUUUCCGGCGCCGCCUUCAUUGACUGUGGCAGUCCCAAGAUAUUUCUACCUGCCGGCGGCUCCAUAAACGCCAUUUAUAGUCUCGGCGGCGAGUACAAUUCCGACCUCACAUACUCUUUAAUUCCCUGUUCGGCAGCGAAUGAUACUACGUCAACAGUUGACAUCCAGCUUGGCCCCGGAGACAAUGGCCCAUUGGUUAAGAUUCAUCUGAGUGAGCUUGUUGAGCCCUACCUGGGUGAAGAUAGUGGGAAUGUGACGGUGAAUGGGGAGGAGGCAUGUUCGUUUGGGCUUAGUCCGGGGCCUAAUGGUUUCCAGGUACUUGGGGAUGCGUUUAUUAGAGGGGUUUAUAUUUUGUUCAACAUGGAGGAUCAUACGGUGUCGAUGGCGCAGGCGAAGUAUGAGGUUGAGGAGAGGGAUGUUGUUGCUGUAUAG